UCAGGCAUGUGGUAAAUCUCCUGAGUUAAAAUAAAGAAGUCGCCGCUGUGAAAACGGUUAUACUGCUGGCUAAAAUAGAAAUGGAGAUAAUUGACAGCCCUCUAAAUCGUGCUCAUCAUUAUGGCCGAAAGGCAGAUCAGUUGGUGGUGAAGGGAAAAUACGAGGAGGCGAUUGAGUGCCAUCACGAAGCAGCAGAGCUGUUGAAAGAAGCUUCAUCAAUGACACAGAGUCAACAGGUACGCCUGUCUUUGGAGCUCCAGAGAGACAGACACCUCCAGCAGCAGAGACUGAUCCAGAUGAGCUGCAGACAGACUCAACUCAGAGGAGAGCAUCUGGUAAGACCCUCCUCCUCAGUCCUGGGCUGCAAGACCGCCAAAGAUGACAAGACCCGGCUGGAGGAGCAGAGCACGGCCAUCGCUGACUUGUGGAGGCUGGUGCUCGUCCUUCUCAUAGACAACAAGAGCUUGCUGGAGGAAAACCAGCGGCUGAAGGCGGAGAAUCAGGGUCUGACUCUGAGGAGUGACCCUUAUGAGGAGAUGCAGAGCCCCUCGGCUUCUCAAACUCAACCGGUUUCUUUGAGUUUGAGACUCUUGGAGGAGAGUCCUGACCUCCAGCAGCUAAUGGACACAGCAGAGCAUAGCUAGACCUGCAGCUACAUUCACUAUCGUGGAGGCCUGUUUUCAUCGUGACAUAAAAGCACAUUUAAUAAGGUAAUUCUCUAUUUCUAUUAUAAAUACAGUGCUCAGCAUAAAUGAGUACACUUAUCCAUUUCUCAGUCAAUAUAGGUAAUAUAUGUUGGUGCAUUUGAACAAAACAAAUUUAUU